CCACGCCCCCAUUAUCUAACGCCAACCGGUAUUUUCAGCACGCCUAAAUUCUACAAGCUACUUUAGUGCGGCUGAAGACAACAAAGAGGCGAAGUCUUUAUAUUUUUUAUUUGACGACUUCUAUAAACAUAAGCAGAAUGCUAGGGGCCGUGGUGGUUGGUGUUGGUACAGCUGGUGCGGUACGGAUCAGAGACAUGUUGACCCCGCUAGCUGGCAGUGCUGCAGAGAAGCUGACUGUCCAAGGGUUCAUAUCCAGGAGAAAACUAGAUAUUCACCAGGACGUGAAACAGAUCUCAGCAGAGGAGGCUGUGAGCAGAGAGGACAUCCACGCUGCAUUCAUCUGUACUGAGAAUGACUCUCAUGAAAACUUUGUCAGGAUGUUUCUGCAAGCAGGGAAGCAUGUCUGUGUGGAGUAUCCCAUGGCCCUGUCUUACCAGGCUGCUGUUCAACUGUGGGAUUUGGCCCAGGAAAAAGGGGUGGUUCUACAUGAGGAGCACAUUGAGCUGCUGACAGAAGAUUACAAACAGCUGAAGAAAGAAGUAGAAGGAAAAACCCUGCUGGAAGGUUCUCUUCAUUUUGCUGGUGGAGCACUGAAGCCUGGAUUUGGUUUUCCUGCAUUCAGUGGAAUUUCUCGCCUUUCCUGGCUGGUUGAUUUGUUUGGGGAGCUUUCAGUAAGAGCAGCAACUUUUGAAGAAGACUCCGAACAAGGCUACAGCAAGAUGACAGCACAGCUGCUAACGUCUGACAGCAAACCUUUGACAUGGAUUGAGGAACGGCAAGCAGGUCUCCCAAGGACUAAGAAGAUCAACUUUGUGUUUGACGGCUUCACUUUGACCCACAUUCGUCCAGCACCUAGAGGUACCGUUGGACUUUUUAUGCAAGACCUGAUCCACUUCUCUGCCAAGUUGUCAGGCCAAGUGAGUACUGAUGAACUUGACAGAGAGAGAGUGAGAAUCUUGCACUGCUUGGGACUGGCCCAGAAGAUUCAGGAACUUUGCAAAGUUAAAUAAGUAUUCUCUGGUUUGUCAUCAGUUUGUUUUGAUCCUGUUUGAAUUAAAUAUUAUUUCUCCUUUAAUGUUUGUUCUUUAAAGACUUUAUGUAGUUCUAGCCGCUAAAGACAAAUUUUUGUUUUUUCUUGACAAAUUAUUGCAGAGAUGGAUUUCUGUUACUGAGGUUCAAUCAUGGUUUUCUAUAACUCCAUCCCACCAUCCUUCAUCUGUUGCUUGGUACUUAAUUCUAGCAAAUAUCCUCUUUAAGAAAGGACAACUUAGAAUGAGGAAUUAUAAUUAGCCUUAUACAUAAGCAUAACAAGUUUUUGUCAUGUAAACUUAUCAACCCUGUUGCAGACACCAGUAUGUAUGGUUUUUGGAUGGCUGUAAAAACAUAUAUAUAUAUAUAUAUAUAUAUAUAUACACAUUAGAGGUGAUCGGCCACCAAUCAUAAUCGGCCGAUUUCCUUGAAAAAGUAUGUAAUUGGUGAUCACCAAAACCAAUAACCUGCAUCUCACUCACAGCCUGCAUGUGCAGCUAAUCUCCUCUCCGCUGUGCAAGCGCGUGGCAACGAAUCCUAAACAAAGUAGUGAAGAACUUCAAUGCUCAGAAACCGAAUGGAGAAAUUUGCGUGUUGCGAUGGAAAAAUACCUCAGAGGUGCAGAAUGUCAAAAUGUAUCAACACAGCAAGUCAAAUAUGACAUUUAAAAAACAAGCACUUGACAGAGUAUGGCUAUAUCGAGGCUCACUCCAGAAAAAAAACACCUCCAGAGCUGCAGUAAAGCAGCGCACGACUACUAACAUUCACUCGUAUUAGUAUAAUGGUCAGAAAGCUAAGCAAAUAACCUGAAAAAUCAUUUAAAUCUUCGAGCUAGAUGACCAGUGGUAUUAGAUCCUGGGUUCAGCUCCUGCUGUUGUACCGCCGCUACGGGUAGUAAUUAAUAAUAUUUCACAGACUGAACGCCAUAUCUGCUCCAGUCGACGGAACAGCUGUUUGAAGCUGCAGCAUGUAACUUAAACAAAAGAGAGAAAAAAAAAGAUUUUACAUAUGUAUUAAAACUUUCGCUAUGUUCUAAAUAAGACAGAUAAUCUCUAAAAAUAAUCAAUCUCCUCUGCCUCCUCACCAUGUUCUAAGUACACCUCGCUGCAUCAAACAGAAAGGGGCGGGGUGGACCACUGUCAGUCUCAUUCAUUUAUAUGUCAAUAAAACCUUUUAAUUACUGGGUAUUUUUGUCUGUGUGAGUCUCUCCAAGUUGAAAUAGAGAUGCUCAAAUCUCUAAUAUUAGAGAAAAGCUAUGAAAUAAAAUUUUUUACAAGUUUGAAGUUUGGCAUUUUGUAACAUUGUUGACUUGUUUAGUGAGUAUGAAAGAAUAAUCUCACCCCCAGAUGCAGUGUCUAGUACUGGUAGUUUUGGGGCUGGAGCAGUUGUAGUGUGAUCUAAAUUAUAAGUGUGAAUCCUUGAUUGUUAUAUACCAGUGCUUCUCAAUUCCAGUCUUCAGGCGUGAGGACCGGAAUUGAGAAACACUAAUAUAUACUAAGGAUUCUGUGAACCCCAACACAGAUGGUCUUGCCAUUUGUCUAUUGUUAAGGAAAGGGGAUUGUUCUUUGGUGCUAAAGAGGGCAGAUAAUUUCUGGGUUGGGGAAGUAACACUUUGUCUCCAGGAUUGAGGACCUGGAGACAAAGAAGCAACGGGUGAGAAGCACAUUAUGAAAUUUUCCAUUAUAGUUUGAAGAGUCUAGAUACUGUAGUUUUUUUUUAACUAGAGUUGAUGAAAAAUGCUGGAGAUGUUGAAAAAUUAGGUGGAAUCAUCCUUUAUUGAAGCUUUAAAAAUCUGUUAAAAGUUUCACACACUAGAAUUUAAAUAUUUUAUAUAUAUAUAAUAGCAUAAUGAAUAGGAGAGAUGAAAUAUGGAUUAACAGGUUGAGGAUUGGGCAUACUAGUUUAAAUAGUGGUUUAAAAAUAAUAGGGAAACAUACAUCAGGUGAUUAUUCUUAAUGCGGGGAAACGGAAGGAGUAGAACAUGUGUUGAUUUAUUGUAGGAAAUAUAUAAAAGAGAGGAAAGAACUGGAAAGGGUAAUGGGGAGUUUAGUAACUACGACUAAUUUAUUAGGGAAGCAUCAAUCACAUGAUAUAAUUCAAGCACUUAUUAAAUAUUUAAAAGAUACAAAAUUAGCUGAGAGGAUUCAGAAUGUAUGUGUAUGAGUGUAUCAGUAUGAAUAUAUUUUAGUU